ACAAAGUCAAAGAUGAAAAAGUGCACAACCGAUUACAUGUGAGGUGAGAGAAACAUACAGAAGAAACGAGAAGAUGGAAGAAAAGUUAAAAGCCGAAGAGAAGAAAAUCGGCAUGACCGAGGCUUGGUUGAGGAAGCACCGUCUUCUUUACACUGGAGCGACUAGACACCCUUUCAUUCUUAGUAUUCGUGAUGGCACCGUCGACAUUGCUGCCUUCAAAACAUGGCUCGCACAGGACUACUUGUUCGUAAGAGCUUUUGUUCCUUUUGCUGCAAGUGUUCUGAUAAAAGCUUAUAAGGAAUCAGAUGACAACACUGACAUGGAAGUGAUAUUGGGGGGUGUGGCUGCUCUCAAGGAUGAGAUAUCAUGGUUUAAGAACGAAGCCAACAAGUGGGGCAUUUCACUUUCUAAUGUUGUCCCUCAAAAGCCAAACAAAAACUACUGUGGGUUGCUGGAUAGUUUGACGAGGCCAGAGGUGGAAUAUUCUGUGGCUAUUACAGCAUUUUGGGCCAUUGAAGCAGUGUAUCAAGAGAGCUUUGCUCACUGUCUUGGAGAAGGAUCCCAAACCCCACAAGAAUUGAAGGAGACUUGUGAAAGAUGGGGAAAUGAGGGUUUUGGUCAGUAUUGCCAAUCUCUUCAGAACAUUGCCAAUCUACACCUGCAGAAAGCUUCUGACGAUGAGCUGAAGAAUGCUGAAGUUGCUCUACUAAGUGUUCUUGAGCAUGAGGUUGAGUUUUGGAACAUGAGCUGUGCAAGUGUCUGAACUGAUUUUGUUCCAACUUCCAACAAGCUUUUAAAGCUUUUAUAAGUGCUUGUUUAUUGUUUAAUAUAUUGUAUGAAAUGUUACGUGUUUCGUAGGGAAAUAAAAAAUAAAAGAAUGGUGUAAGCUUAAACAAGCUACUGGAAUGAAUAAUAAUACUGAGAAAGUUUGUUUAAGGAAA